AUGACAGCCGAAUCGAUCAUCCGGAUCCCGCCGUACCACUACAUUCACGUAUUGGACCAGAACUCCAAUGUGACCCUAGUGGAAAUGGGCCCCAAGACUUACAUACGCCAGGACAAUGAGAGGAUUGUCUUUGCCCCAAAGAGGAUGGUGAUGGUCCCUCCACGCCAUUACUGUAUCAUCCUCAAUCCGGUGGUUUGGGGAGCGGAUAACGCAGUCCAGUUCGAUGCUGUGGGGCAGGCGCGGCUGCGACAUGCUGACCUAGAGAUCAGACUGGCCCAGGACCCUUUCCCUUUGUACCCAGGAGAGGAGCUACAGCAGGGGGUUACACCUCUGCAGGUUGUCUCGGCUAAUACGGCCCUCCACCUCAGAGCUCUUCUGGACUUUGAAGAUGACCAGGACGGGAAACACGUUGCUGGUGACGAGUGGCUGUUUGAAGGACCUGGCACCUAUAUCCCACGCAAGGAGGUCGAGGUUGUGGAGACCAUCCAAGCCACCAUCAUUCGGCCCAACCAAGCAAUCAGACUUCAGGCCCGCAAGGAGUGCGUGGACAGAGAAAAGAAUAAACGCGUGACAGGCGAGGAGUGGCUGGUGAAACGGGUUGGGGCUUAUUUGCCUGGAGUCUUUGAGGAAGUGGUCGACACCGUGGAUGCCUUUGUGCUGACGGAGAAGAACGCCCUUCAUCUCCGGGCCACCAAGACAUUCCGGGACUCCCAGGGAGUGGUGAGAAAGACUGGGGAAGAGUGGCUGGUCACCAUGGCUGACACCGAGGCCCACAUCCCCGAUGUUUACGAGGAAGUUAUGGGCAUUGUUGACAUCACCACCUUGAACAGCUGCCAGUACUGUGUCGUUUGCGACCCCGUGGACGCUGGUGGAAAGCCCCAGCUCGGGCAGAAGAAGGUGAUCAAGGGAGAGACGUCCUUCUUCUUGCAGCCUGGAGAACGGCUGGAGAACGGGAUCCAGGACACUUACAUCCUCUCGGAGGAUGAGGGACUCCUGCUGCGUGCGCUCCGAACCUUGGAAGACGAGAACGAGGAUGGGGAGGAAGUGACGCGCAAGCCGGGUGACCGCUGGCUGAUCCAGGGGCCUCUGGAGUAUGUGCCGCCGGCCGAGGUGGAAGUGUUGGAACGGCGCCAUGCCAUCCCGCUGGCUGAGAAUGAGGGCAUUUACGUGCGGGAUAUCAAGUCAGGGAAGGUCCGAGCAGUCAUUGGCCACACUUACCUGUUAACUCAGGAUGAGGAGCUGUGGGAGAAGGAGCUUCCUGCCUACGUGGAGGACUUGUUGACCUUGGGGAGGGACCCUGCUGUGGAUCGCUCCAGGGAUGCCUCAGAAAAGGGCAGCGGGGCACCCCGUGAUCGGACCCGGGCUGUAGCCUACCGUGUCCCCCACAAUGCAGCGGUGCAGGUGUACGACUACAAGGAGCAUAAAGCCAGGGUGGUUUUCGGGCCGGAACUGGUGCUUCUGGGCCCAGAUGAACAGUUCACGGUGCUGAGCCUUUCAGGGGGCCGGCCCAAGCGGCCCCACGUCCGCCGCGCCAUCUGCCUCCUUUUGGGGCCUGACUUCUGCACAGAUAUCAUCACCAUUGAGACCGCGGAUCAUGCCCGUCUGCAGCUCCAGCUGGCCUACAACUGGCACUUUGAGAACCCCGCUGCUGGCGAGGCCUCCCGCCUCUUCAGCGUCCUGGAUUUUGUCGGCGACGCCUGUAAGACGUUGGCCUCGCGCAUCCGGGGGGCUGUGGCCGCCGUCACAUUUGACGAUUUCCAUAAGAACUCCAACCGUCUCAUCUGCGCUGCCGUGUUCGGCUUCGACGCCGAAGGGAAGCUGCGGAACUCCCUGCGCUUCGCCCCCAAUGGCCUCAUCAUUAGCAGCAUCGACAUCCAGAGCGUGGAGCCCGUGGACCAGAGGACCCGAGACUCUCUCCAGCGCAGCGUCCAGCUGGCCAUCGAAAUCACCACCAACUCUCAAGAGGCAGCUGCUCGGCAUGAAGCAGAGCGACUGGAGCAAGAGGCGAGGGGUCGUCUGGAGCGGCAGAAAAUCCUCGACCAGGCCGAGGCCGAGCGGGCCCGGAAGGAGCUUCUGGAGCUGGAAGCGCUGAGCACGGCGGUGGAAAGCACCGGAGCGGCCAAGGCUGAGGCCCAGUCGCGAGCAGAGGCUGCCCGGAUCGAGGGCGAAGGGGCCGUCCUGCAGGCCAAGCUCAAGGCGGACGCCACGGCCAUUGAGACGGCAUCAGAACUGCAACGCCUAGCUAAAGCUCGGGAGCAGGAGCUCGGCUUCUCCAAGGCGCAGGCUGACCUGGACGUGGCCCGCGCUGAAGCUUUGGCUGCCGUGGAAGUGAAGAAAUUUGAGUCUGUGAUCAAAGCACUUGGGGCCAACACCAUCCGGGACAUUGCCGUGGCCGGGCCAGAGAUGCAGGCAAAGCUGCUCCAGGGCUUGGGUAUCCAGUCCACGCUCAUCACAGAUGGUUCCUCCCCGAUCAACCUUUUCACAGCUGCAGGAGGACUGUUGGGGAUUCUUCCCAAACCUUCUACAACCUGAUGGGUGGCUGAAAUACAUA